UCUUCUUCUUUUUAUUCUCUUAUUAUUGUAUUUUCUCCAUUUUCUUGUUCCUUUAUAUCUGAUUUCCCUUCUCAUUCCCGAUCCCGAUCCCUUUACCUUAGGGUUUUUCGUUCGCUUCCUUUUCAAUUGCUUCGAGCAAUUCUCGAUUUAGCCCACCUUUGAUUACUACCGUGUUGGAUUCUGUAUUUUUCAAAAUAUUUUUAUAUUGUUUUAGUUUCUCCUAGUUAAUUUACUAGAUCGCAGUGUUCUGUGAUGGACCAGUAUAUUUUCGUUUAGGGUGACCUUUUGAUCGUCUAUCAUUCGAGUUUGUAAAUAAAAUAAAGAAUUGUAAAUGAGUAGCUCAAUAUGCUUCUUUGCCUUGGAUUUAUUAUCCUAAAAGUAUGAUCGUGUUUCCUGCUUGAAAAUCCACGCGGUUUAGAUGUUAUUCUUCGUAGAGAAGGGUGAGAUCAGUGCACAAAGUACCUGGUUCAACUAUUGAACUUGUGAUUGUCUUAUUGCUGUCCAAGGAGAAGGACUAUGAUUAAACUGUUUAAAGUAAAGGAAAAACAGAGAGAACUUGCAGAAAAUGCAAGUGGUGGACCACCCGUUAAGAAGCAGAGUGCUGGCGAGUUGCGUCUUCACAAAGAUAUAAGUGAGCUGAAUCUACCGCAAUCUUGUACCAUACAUUUUCCCAACGGAAAAGAUGACCUGAUGAACUUCGAAGUUUCAAUUCGACCCGAUGAUGGAUAUUACGUAUGUGGCACAUUUUUGUUUUCCUUUCAAGUGUCUCCCAUCUAUCCACAUGAAGCGCCAAAGGUUAAGUGCAAGACAAAGGUCUAUCAUCCAAAUAUUGACUUGGAAGGAAAUGUUUGUCUAAACAUCUUACGAGAAGAUUGGAAACCUGUCCUUAAUAUAAACACUGUCAUCUAUGGCUUGUAUCAUCUCUUCACGGAACCAAAUUACGAGGAUCCACUGAAUCACGAUGCCGCUGCUGUGUUGAGAGAGAACCCAAGGUUGUUUGAAUCUAAUGUUAGGAGGGCGAUGUCAGGAGGGUAUGUGGGGCAAACCUUUUUCCCUCGUUGUAUUUAGACCUUUGCUGAAUGCCUUCAAGUUCCUGUUCAAAUGUCAUCAAUGCUUGAAGGCCCUUGGUUUGUAAAAUCAAAGAAUUGAAUUUUUCUGUCAGUGCUGUUAUUUUUCUUGGUGGAGCAACAGGCCAAGUUCCUAAGAUCACCAAGCGCGUUUAAAGCCAAACAAGUGGAAUAUUAUUGUAACCUGUGCUUUAUUGAAUGUUAACGUAUUAUUCUAAAGGGGACCAAGCAGAAAAUGAGUUCAGCUAUUUAUGUUAGAAUUUUGUUUUCCUUGCAUUA